AUGAAAAGAAGAGGCUUUCCUUCACAUGUUUCUCCUAGCACUUCCAAUCAUCAUCAACAUGCCAAUACUUCCCAAAACGUUGGAACUAGUAAUGAUGAUUGGAAGACUGUUCAGUACAAGCGAGGAGCACACUCCAAUCAAGGACGCCGAAAUUAUGCAAAAAAAACAAUUGAAAUUAAAACAGAAAAAAAACAAACCAGUUUUUCCAUCCGAUGCUUAACUUUAAACUUUGGAGUAUGGAACAAAGAUCCGUUACAGUGCGGAAAUUGCGCAGACUUGGAAUUUAUUGCUUAUGAACAAAAAUUGAAAAAGAAGCGAAUCCGAUUAGAAAUUAAUACAUAUCAUCGUUAUUUGCAAAUUGUGAUUUUCCAAUCAGAUACACAAUAUUUCAAGUUGUCUUUUCCAUUUUCUGGAAUUUCAAGAGAACAGUGCAUUUCGUUCUAUCAUAAGAAUGAAAAAAGAUAUAUUUGCAUUCAUUCAAAGCUGUCCCCCUUAUUAACAGAUCAUUCUGCUAAUGCGUCACCAUUAACAUCAACACCUAGUAAACCUAUAUCCAACAGGAAUAUCAGUAGAAUAUGUGCAAACUCGAGCCCAAUAUUUUACAAGGUUGGAAAAGCAUUUUGUUUUUUAAUGGAACUAGACAAGCAAGACCAAGGAUUUUCUGAAGUGAUUCCCAGAAUUUAUGAUUGCCACAAACAGCUCUCUACGUUUCUAAAGCAGUCUACCUCAGAACUAAGACUAUCGGCAGGUCGUACCGGUCUCAUUACUGACCAGGAAUCUAAAGAUGUAUGCCUAAUGAAGAAGAUUCUGAUAACUCCCACAAAGGUAUACUAUUUACUUCCUGAACUUGACACGACAAACAGAGUCAUACGACAUUUUUGGGAGAAUCGUGAUUCUUUUUUUAGAGUCGCCUUUCUUGACGACGACAUGGCCAAGCUGUAUUCUGCCAAGUUUAAGAAUCUUGAUUCCAGACUACAAAAAUUCUUAGACAAAGGUCUCUCGAUGUUUGGGUAUGAUUUAAAGUUUUUAGGCUUUUCUGCCGCACAACUUAGAUCAGCAUCAACUUGGUUCUAUUUACAAAAGAGCUCAAAACCAACUACUAAAGAUAUUCGAGAGUAUAUGGGAGAUUUCUCAGAAAUCAAAAAUGUUGCAAAACAUGCUGCAAGAGUUGGGCAAUGUUUUAGCGCCACCUAUCCAUCUUUUGAGGUAUCUGAUGAUGAAUAUUUAGUGAUUGAAGAUAUCACAGCUGAAAAGUACAUAUUCAGUGAUGGUGUUGGAAAAAUAUCUGAAGAAUUUGCAAAUAAGAUUCAUGAAAUCCGCAAAAGCACGGAGGUUCGUCCUUCAGCAUUUCAAAUACGAUUUGCUGGUUUUAAGGGAGUUGUAUCUGUGGACCCAACUCUAACCAAACAUCAAAUGGUUUUACGUAAAAGUCAGCUUAAAUUUCCCUCUCAGCAAAAAAUUUUAGAAAUAGUCCAAGAAGCAAAACGAAACAUGGGGUACUUGAAUCGACAAUUUAUUACCAUUCUUUCUGCUUUAGGUAUUCGAGACGAAAUAUUCUUGAAAUACCAGAGAGAUAUGUUGAACAGAAUCAAGGUAGUUAAUGAGAAUCCAAAAGAAGCUCACGCAUUGGUUUCAUUGAGUCAUUCUCACCUCAAAUCAUACAUAUGUACCUGUUUAAGAAAUGGUAUAUCAACGAAAGAACCAUUUUUACAGCAAUUACUCUAUUGUUUUAGACAUCGAGCGAUCAAAGAAUUGGAAACAAAAUCAAAAAUUUAUGUACAAAAAUCGGCUUGCUUGGUUGGGAUAAUGGACGAAUACGGAAUUCUAAAAGAAAACGAAAUAUUUGUUAAUCUCUCACCAAGCUAUGGUAACCCAGAAUAUGGAGUUGUGAAAGGAACAUGUAUUGUCUCUAAAAACCCUUGUUUUCAUCCUGGUGACAUUAGAAAAGUAGAAGCUGUUGAUUAUCCUGAGCUGCAACAUCUUCAUGAUGUGCUGGUUUUUCCUCAGAAAGGAGAAAGACCCAUUUCAAGCAUGAUUUCUGGAUCUGAUCUGGACGGUGAUGUAUUUUUCAUCAGUUGGGAACCUGAUUUGAUUUUUCCAAUGGAAAAUCAAACACCAAUGUCCUUUGAGAAAGAGGAAGAACCGCAACGUGAAAACAACGUGACAGAGACUGAUAUUAUUAACUUUUUAAUGGAGUACUUUACAAGAGACAACUUGGGGAUCAUUGCUAACCUUCAUCUAGCUCAAUCAGACUUACAAGAAAAAUCAAUAUUUUCUGAUAUAUGCUUGAGAUUGUGUGAAUUACACUCCAUUGCUGUUGACAGUGCAAAGACUGGAAAAUUUGCAGAUAUUGAUUCAAAGGUUUCAAUUUCUGCAUAUCCUCACUUUAUGCAGCAUGUCACCAAAAAAGCUUAUAAAUCAAAGAAAAUUUUAGGACGGCUCUAUGACGACUUGAAAGAGAAGAUCAAAGAGAAGGAUUUUUUCAAACGGGAAUUGAAUAAUUCGAACGUAUAUGAUCCAGAUUUUUGCUUUGAAGGAUUUGAAAUGUUUGUUGAUAAGGUUUUAGGACUAUAUAAUGAAUACGAGUUCUUAAUAACAAGUGAUAUGAAAAAAUUUGGAGUGGAAACAGAGGCUGAAUUAGUUUCAGGUUGGAUUACUGGCCAAGUGAAGACCUAUGGCAGCAAACAAAGAGAUGUGGAGGAGGGCAUCUCUAGAAAUAUGGUUUAUUAUUGGAAGCAUUUCAGAAAAAAGUUCGAUAAAAUGGUUACGGAAGCUUCUAGUGAUCCCAACGCAAAGUACAAAAUUGCAAGCGCAUGGUAUUUCGUAGCAUACAAAAAGAGUGAUUCGAGACUAUUAAGUUUUGCUUGGAUUAAUUUCAUGGAGCUGGUUGAAAUAUUCAACUUGAAGAAACAGGCCAAAUCGACAGCUGAAUUUGAGCAUUGGGAAGAUAGCGAUGAUGAGGAUUUGGGAGAAUAUGGUGAUGAUGUGUUGGAUGACAUGUUCAGUGAUGCUGGGUUAGAUGAUUUCAACUCUGACGUUACAGAUUGCAUAUCUGACGUUGGGGAUUUCUCUCAACUUUGUUCUAGCAGCGACUCAGAAUGGGGUGAUCCAUCCAGCCCAGAAUUCUACAACUGA